ACUUGAGACAUUUCACCAUGAGGAUUUUGCUAAACGGAAUAUCAGAGUUGCACGCGUAUUUCGUGUCUUUGAACUGAUGGAAAAUACCGAGGCCGUUGCAGAAAAUCUAAUAGGACAAUGAGAACGAGAAAUCGAGAGCCAACUGGGACACUAGACAAAGGACCGCUCGAUUUCUAUAAAAACACGCCAUAACGGAGCAAACAAAGAACAACAACUGUUUUUACAGUUAGACUGCUGUCUGGUUAUCGACAUAAAAAAAAGGCUAGAUUGGACUGAAACCGAAGCUCCGCGGAGGGGGAAAAGCUGGAGUGGUAGAAAUUCCCUGAUUUACUUAAGUGAAAAUGGGGGAGCAGCCACUUUUCAGCGUGAAGGCACACGUCUUUCAAAUUGACCCGGCUACUAAGCGAAAUUGGAUUCCGGCCAGCAAACAAGCUGUCACCGUUUCCUUCUUCUAUGAUGCCAGCAGGAGUGUGUAUCGCAUUAUCAGCGUGGGAGGCACUAAGGCAAUUAUAAACAGCACCAUCACCCCAAACAUGACCUUCACAAAAACAUCGCAGAAAUUUGGCCAGUGGGCAGACAGCAGGGCAAACACAGUUUAUGGUUUAGGAUUUGCCACAGAACAACAGCUUCAACAGUUCUCCGAGCAGUUUAAGGAGAUUAAAGAGGCAGCACGUCUCGUCCGGGAUAAAUCGCAGGAGAAGUUUGAGUUGCUGAGUCCUGGUUUAAACAUCAACGAUCCACAGCUGUCCCAGGCACUGUCUGUGGACCACCACUCUCCUCCGCUGCUCGGUGUCAAUGGCUCCAGUGACGAUAAAUUGUUUCGCAGCAAGAGUGCUGAUAUGGAGCUGUCCACGGAGAAAGAGCAGAUGAGGAAAAUGCUUUCUGAAGGGUCGAUAUGCGAGAUAAAAUCUGAGGCCGAGCUUUUUUCUCUACGGGACAGCAACGCUAAGUUGGUUGCAGCUCUUCACGAAGCAAACAGCAGCAUUGAACAAUGGAAAAAGCAAUUAGCUGAGUAUCAGGAAGAAACCGACCGACUCCGAGAGCAGGUUGCAGAGCUGGAGGCUCAGGGCGGGGUUUCUGCCUCCAGUGAGAGUGGCGGCGAGGAUCUCACACAAUCAAUGGCAGAGAUGGAGGCUCUUAUAAAAGCUAAAGAUGAGGAAAUAAAGUGUCUGCAAGAGAAGAAAUCAGAUUUUAGUGAGCUGGAGAAAGAAAGGGAAGAGGCCAGCAAAAGAAUGCAGGACCUGGAGGUGAAAAAUGUAGAGCUGGAGAGUCGAGUGCAAACAGCAGAAAAGGCUUUAGCUUCUUCCCAGGUUGCCCGGAACAGGGUGGAGAGUGAAGUGCAAAAGGCCAUUGAAACUUUAGACGUCAAGAUCUAUGACCUGAGUGACCUGCGGCAGAACUUAGCCAAGCUGCUGGAGAAAUGACCAGAUGUUGCAAAACCAUACCACAAAGAUACCAUUAUGGGAAACUUCUAGAAACUUCUCUACUGGAAUGUUCCCCAGCAGCACAAUUUACAAGCCAGCAGUUCGUCAUAGUACUAAGCUGUAUCAAAAACCAGAUAGGUAUGACAAAACCAGAGCAAGAAAAAACUAAAUAAAAAAGAAUUUGGAUGAAGUUGCUGAUUUGCUUCCAUCUUAAACAUUUGCUUUCUGACAGCUGAGUGUCAUGAGUGUAGCUUACCAGGUGCUUCACACUGAACAUGGCCUGUGUUUGCCUGAAGUAAAAUCCUAGGGAACUGUCAAAAAGACUGAAGCUUCCUCUAGACAUGAUUCAGAGCUGCGAGUGGCACUAGAUAUCAAUAGCUGAAUUGUUGUUGACUUUUGAAAGAUAUGUGAUUUGGUCGUGAUCUUGGACUAGCUUUCGAAAUGAGUCAUUAGAAGACUUUGAAUGGGAUAUUCUGUUGAUAUAAGCGACACUGUUCAAUGUAUUUACCAGUAUUAUUGUGAGAUACCUAUAAGUGGAAUUCAGGAAUAAAAAUAUCCUCAAGUAUCUCAAUAUUUAUGGACACCAGUAUGUCUUUGUUAGGACAUUUAUUAAGUGGUUUAUUGGCUUGUUUAAUCACUCUGGCCAUUAACAGUUCCUUUUACAAGGCUCAUAAAUCUUGCUUGAUUUAGGGCUCUAUUAUUGACAAAGCACAUGGCACUAACAUAAACAUGGUAUUUCUCUUAGAAACAAACAAUACAGUAACUAGGGUAAAUAGUUAAUCUUAAUUUCCCUUCGUCAUUUUCUAGCAAAUUCAUUAUUUUAGCUGAUCUGCUGCCGUCUAUGUCUGAAUAUGUAAGUAGGUACCGAUGCAUUUCUGCAAGCUGGAUCAACUUAUUUGGAGAGCACUCGAAUUCAAUUUUCACACUCAGAUCAGUUCAAAAUGGCACUUUUAAAUGCAGCAACCCUUUAGGGACAACACUAGACUUUUUUAGACAACUGUUGUUACCUCAGCAUGCAUCUUUAUACCAACCUUUAUACAAUAUAGUUUUUCUUUUGAGUCCGUCAUGUCUUAAACCUAAACGUUAACUUUGACAUUGCUUUGGACAUCUGCCGUACAAUCGCAAAAACAUUUGCACUUAUGCUAUUUUUCUAUUGUGUGCCUGUUUGUGGUUUUCUAUGAAUUCCCAAUAAAAGUAUUUGCUUAAUGUGUGCACAUCUCCUGUGCUUACCUGUUUUCAAUUACAGUACAUAACCCAGGGGAGCCUAUACUUUCUCAGUACUUCUGUAAAAUACAAAUAUACUUUGAAAUAUUUAAUUCAUUAUCAUAUGUCACGACUGGAGAGCUAAUGAAUAAUAAAGGAAGGAUGGAGUGCUUUGUUGUUACAGUUUUUAAUUAAAUGGAUCCAAUGAGUAACUGUUUUGAAUAUUUACAUGUUAACUAAUAAGAAAUGUAGUGUUUCUCUGAGGAAUCGUGCUUUACAGUCAUCAAAAUAAUGAUAAGAUAAAGGUAGAUUCUCCACCUCAAAACAGCCUCUCUCAGGGAGAAAAGAACAAGAAAUAUUCGUAAUAUUCUUCAUUGUGUGUAGCGAAACGCAUUUAAUUUUUAUCAGUUUUGUAGUAAUUUAUUUUCCAUUUUAGUACUAGUAGAUGAUUAACCUUCACAUUAAACUACAUUAAGUUGUUUACACACUACUGCCACCUAUUGACGAAUUAAAGUUCUCCAUCUCAAAACCUGAAAACCAGUGGGAAACCAAAAAAUUAUACAGUGGUCAGAAUAUUGUGUUUAAAGUAUUUUCCAAAUAACAGGCAUAUUUAAUUGUGAGCAUCAUGGAUAGACACUUGCUCCAACUGUUGUCUUGGAAACCCUUUACAAAUCAAUGUCUCAGUGGCCUGGGUAGCUCAGCGAGCAAAGAAGCUGAUUACCACACCUGGAGUCCCAAGUUCAAAUCCAGGGUGUGCUGAGUGACUCCAGUCAGGCUUCCUAAACAACCAAAUUGGCCCUGUUGCUAGGGUUGGGGCAACUUUCUCGUGGUCGCUAUAAUGUGGUUCUCGCUCUAGGUGGGGCGCGUGAUGAGUUGUACAUGAACGCUGCUGAUAAUAGACCACUUUUAAGUUAGUAAACAUUGUGACGUUUUUUGUGGGCGGAGGCAGAACAAUUCCCCUGACCACUUCACUAACGUUAGAUAGCAAGUUUUGUUAGCUUGUUUUUUAACAAUGACUGGAGAAAAUCCGAUUUUAUCUGAAUAUGUAAAGUCACUCACUGUCCGGGACCACGAUUGUUAUUUGAAUCAGUAAAUUUUAACAGACGGAACCAGAUUGGCCGACCCAUACACGCUCACUCAAUGGAUGGACGAUCAGACAGGGUUACCUCCGGUUGAGUGGCCUGACCUACCUGAUAGAGAAACCGAGCGUAUAUUGUAAAGAAAAACUGAGGGCAUAUAUAUUUUUGUGUCUAUAACUAUGUGCUGAAUGGUCAUGUACAAGAUUUUGUCUAGGGUGGUUUUGUAUUUUAAGUCAAGCAUGAUCAUGCGUGAAGCCUCCACAUGCGCUAGAUCUCUAUGGUAACAUGCUCAACAAGCCACGUGCUAAAAUGCUCGGAUUGAUGGUCUCAGAUGCGGAGGCAACAGAGACUUGUCUUCUGCCACCCGAUUGAGGCAAGUCACUACACCACCACGAGGACCUAGAACGCAUUGGGAAUUGGAUAUUCCAAAUUGGGGAGAAAAGGGAAGACAAAAAAAUAAAUGAAUGUCUCUACAACUAAUUAAAAUGUUUUUGAAGCUGCCUCAGUUCUGCAAUCUGUUUGACCAGAACUGUGCAUGAGAUAGGUAAACGUUAUUUUAUUGUUUUAGUAUAUACGGGUCACUGACAAAUAAGGUGGUCAGAUAUGAUACAUAUUUUACAGUUCUAGUUUAAAUUUCAAGUUUGUAGAAAUGUCAUUUUCUACUAAACAGUUUAAUGGCUUUAAAAGUGGUGUAAUCAAGUAAAAGGUACUCAAAUACUUAAUUUCAAAAGUUUUAGCGAUGGCCAUGAAUUGUCACGAAUGUUUGAGUCAAGAAGGUUGACUUCUUAUGGUUACUCCAUUUCACCUAACAAAAUGUACCUUUUCAUAAAAAUGUCAAACUAUCUGAACUUCACAAACAGUCACCAGGGUCCUGACACCAAGUAUGUUUGUUACAUCAUAAAUACUGUAUUCACCACAAUGCUCUGCCUCAGAAAUGUUUUAUUUAUAAUAAAAUUAAAUAAUUGUCUUUAAGUGUGAUAGUAAAAGAAAGGGUUCAGCCACUUCUGUUGGUUUUGUUUAAAUCUUUUUGUGGCUGAAUUCACUCAUGUUUUGUUUCGUGUUGUGUGAACACGUGGCAUUGUUUGGUUUUCACUGCCAUGUGUUCUUGUGUCUUGUUAUGUUGUGUGAGUGUACUUGGCUUUAAGUGUGUUCGACUUGACCUGCAUCUCGAUGCCGAUCGACGGGUUUUGCCUGUUUCAGUUUAGGAAGGAGUUAAAAAUAGAGCCGUCAAGCCGGACACUUCUCGUCGCUUUUCGUCGCAUGCGGAACCAACUCUAGACACGGAAGAUCGCGCGAUGUUUGUUUUCUUUAUUGCAAACGAAGUGGAAUUCAGAUAGACAGAUUUUGUUAUUUUAUUUAUUUAUUUAUUUUUACAUAUUAACCAGAAACUUUGUUCAUUUUGAAAAAUGUAUGUGCUGCUUCAUACAGUGCCUAUUGUGUGUACAAUAAUAAAGUCCAA